AUGUGCGGGCCGCAGGCCGCUUUAAAAAUGAAAAAAGCUUGGAAAUCGUUUUUGCGUCCACUUAAAAAUCACAAUUACCAACAAAAAGCAAUUGAAUAUGUUGAAAAUAUGGAAAAAGCUGGGGUUUGUUUUUUGUUAUGUUGCAUUCGUAAAAUUGCAUUGCAUUUAUCCAAUUAUGCACUUAGAAAGACUGUUCAGCGAGCACCUCGAUAUCCAACAGAGCAACGACAGUUUGAAAAAAAUCAAGCAAAUGAAAGAAUUAGUGAAGAAAUACGAAAGCGAGAUGAUGUUUUAAUUAGUAAUAUGAACAGGAUUACUGUAACUUCAUGUGAGCCCAAAAGUCGUUGGACACCCACAAAAGAACUACAGUUGAAAGAUACUGAAUGGGUUCACAGGAAUGAUAAAAUAUGGGAAUUUGGAUUUUAUGAACCUCCACUAGAAAAAAUGCCUAAGAACAAAUUGAUGUUUCGUGAAGCUUUGGAAGCAAAGCAUGUUGGAUUUUCACCUAUUAUGCGAGCACGAUGCGACAAAGAUUAUGUGUCGAAACUUGAUGAAGAACGAAAAAAUUUGUCAUUACCUCAGAUCUUGGAAAGUUUGGAACAACACCCGGCUGUACAGAGAGUUACCAAGGAAGCUUUGGAUACGAUGUGGCAGUAUUUUAGACCAUUCGAACGAAAGGAAGAACAGUAUAUCGUAAAUCGGAAAGAUUUAGUAGAAGUUCGUGACAUGAUGCUAGGUUUUUACAAAGAACCUAAAAUACCCACUUUGGAAAGCAUAAAAAGAAUUAAACAAGAACAAGAUGUCGAUCCACUGUUACGCUUGGAUGAAAAUUUGCAAAAUGAAGAGGAAAAUAAAAGGCUGAAAAGGUUGCAGAAAGUGGCAGAAAUAAGAGCAGAAGAAGAAAUGCGCCUUUCAAACGAAUUAGAGAAGAUAUUACAAAAGUUGUUGCUGUUGUCCAUGAGUUUCAGUGGUUGGACUUUAUCAAUUUUGACAAUGAAACAGAUUCGUAGAGUGGUAUGUGCAAUCUCUGGUGGGGUUGAUAGCGCAGUCUCUGCAUAUUUACUAAAGAAAAGAGGGUUGGAUGUGGUUGGAGUUCAUAUGGUUAAUUGGGAUCGAGUUGAAGAGGAUUCAAGUUAUUGUCCGCAGUCAGCAGAUGAGAUCGAUGCAAAGAAAGUGUGCAAUCAUUUGCAGAUACCGUUUUAUGUGACAAAUUUCGUGAACAAAUACUGGAAUGAAAUUUUUACAUAUUUGGUGGAGAAUUAUCGUAAAGGAAGAACUGUAGUAUCUGAUGUUCUUUGCAAUAAAGCCAUAAAAUUCGACCAGUUUCAUAAAUAUGCAUUUAAUGAACUUCAAGCUGAUGCUGUUGCCAGCGGACACUUUGCGCGAACGAGUUUUGGAGAUUUUCUGGAAAAACGUACGGAGACCGGAACUGUUCGACUACUUACUGCUGUGGAUCCCAUUAAAGAUCAAACAUUUUUCCUCUCAAGCUUAACUCAAUAUCAGUUAAAAAGAUCAAUGUUUCCAAUAGGAUCUUUCACAAAAAAACAAAUUCGACAGAUCGCAAACAGUAUUGGAUUAACUGAAAUUGCUCAAAAACCGGAGAGCAUGGGAAUUUGUUUCAUCGGCAGAAGAAAGUUUGAUUCAUUUAUUGAUCAGUACAUCGAACCUGUGAUUGGUUUAGCAAAGAACAUAGAUACCGGCAAAAUUCUUUUCGAACACAGUGGAAUACAUCAUUAUACAAUCGGUAAACGAAUUCGAAAGGUUCCAAACGUCUGCCAGAGUGCUGUUGGAUUAUUUGUUGCUGGUCUUGAUGAUAAAACCCAAACUCUUUGGGUGUGUCAAGGAUCCCAUCAUCCUGCGCUGUUUGCUCGUGAAUUUAUUGUAGAUGAACCGAUUUGGAUAUCUGAUUGUCCUAUGAAUAAUACAGACAUUGUCAAAAUCCAAUUUCGAUGCCAAAGAACACAUCCACCACUUGUUUGUAAACUCGUUCGCAUUGGUGAAAGUUUAUUGAAAGUUAAACCACAAAAUCCAAUACGAGCUGCCGCUCCUGGCCAGGUUUGUGUCUUCUAUGAUGGAAAAAAAUGUCUUGGCGGUGGUGAAAUACAGCGUGUGGUGAAAACUUUAGCUGAUCCAGAAAAUUAG